AUGAAUGCAGCUGGUGAAAGACUAGAAUAUAAUAAUAUUGUAUAUAGGUACACUAUAAUUAUAAUAUUCAUUCGGUCGACGCUCCUCAACUCCGACGGUCGCAGCAAAAUGAAGUGGGCAGUUUUUGUGAUUGUAAUCAUCGGAGUUGUCAAUGCAGAUGUUAAAUCGGCCUUUCGGGACUCAAAAAUUGUUCCAGAUAUUAUUUUAAACGCACCCACAGAAGAAAUAGAAGUAAAAUAUGGCGACAAAGAAGUGAAAUUAGGAAAUGAAUUAAAGCCAACUAACACCAGAGAAAUUCCAGAAGUUCAUUACAAACAUGAGGGAGGUGUUUUAUACACUCUUGUUUUAACAGAUCCUGACAUCCCAGUGCGCGGAUAUAAUCGCGAGUGGCAGCAUUGGCUGGUAGGAAACAUCCCCGAGGACAAGGUAGCCAAAGGCGAGGUCCUCACCGAGUAUGUCGGUCCAGCGCCACCUAUGAAGUCCGGUAAGCAUCGGUACGUCUUCCUACUCUAUAAACAGAACCAAGGCGCGAUAACUUUCGACGAGCGCCGCAUUGGGAACCGUGACAAGCGUCGGAACCGAUUUUCCAUCAGGAAGUUCGCAGACAAGUACAAUCUGGAGGGACCUAUUGCCGGAAACUAUUUCAUUGCUCAGUACGAUGACGCCGUCCCUUUGAUCCACAAGCAGUUGAGCAUUUAG